CACCCUGGCUGUGGAUCUCUGCCUUCAGACGGUGCUGAGGCGCACCGACAGGCUCUCACACGGUUCAUGAUUCUCGGGCUGACUCCGCAGCCGGCCGUGCUCACCCCCCUCCGGACCCUCACCGUGAAAGGCGAGCACACCAGGUCUCCAGGGAGUUCCAGCUUUCCCUCCCCCCAAAAUAAAAUCAAAUAAAAGAAGAAGUUCUGGAGAGACCCUGGGAGCUUUGAAUUCAUACCUUUCCAGCACUAAAAGAACAAGAUGAACACCGCAGGAUGAUGUAGUUCUUGCUGACGCCCUCCAUGCAACGUAUUCCCCUGGCUGACAUAACUGGAUAACUGGUGACCGUGGGAUCAAUGGAGCAAUCUGGGAAGGAUCUGAACCUCUCCUUUCUGCUGGAACAUGAACGAGAAAUGAUCCUGAAGGUGCUGCAGAAAGACGAGAAGCUGAGGAAAAGAGAGGAGAAGAGGAUUCGGAGGCUGAAGAAUGAGCUGCUGGAGGUCAAACAAAAGGGUUUCAUCCGGCCACAUGAUUUGGGAGCCCGACAGUGCACUCGCUGCCUCAAGACUCUGGGCCUGAUCUUCGACCGGGGCGAUCUCUGCGAGGAGUGCCAGUCUCGAAUCUGCAGCAGCUGCCGUAUUGUGAACCCCAGAACACGCGAGUGGAGAUGUACCUUCUGUGACAAGCUCACGGAGCUUAAGGUGUCGAGCGGAGAGUGGUUCCUGGAGGAGAGGUCUAAGCGCUUUGAGCGGGGGCAGUUGAGCAGUGAGGUUGUCAAACAGACGAUCCUGAGCACCCCGCUGAGCCCAGAAGUAAAAAAGGCCGCCCCUUCAAAGCAGGAGAAACCUGAGCCUGCAGUAUCCAACAGAUUAACUGUACUCAAUGGUGCCAGGAGAAAAGGGGGUGGUGCAGAGGGUAUGGAGUCCAUGGCAUCCAAAAACCUACGUCCCCGGUCUCUGGACAGAUCGUCCCAUCUUGAUGCUAAUCGGAGGGUCAGGCCUGAAGGAGCAGAGAGUGACGACCCUGAGGGCGCACCUGAGAAGAAACCUUCUGGCCCGAGCAUUUCUGUAUCCAGGCCCUCAGUUUCAUCAGAUCACAGUCGAUCAGAGUGUGACCUGUUAUCUCCCGGCUCUGAACCCAGUGACAGUGCCCUCUCUGUCAAAAGCCGCUCAGUCCCCGGCCUCAACGAAACGGAGUUUUCUGACGACGAGGACAUCGAUGCCCUGAUGUCAGCCCACAGCAAGAUUACGAGCAGACGCCUCAGCAACGCCGUGUCAACGUCUUCCACUCCUGGAUCAGAAAGAAGGUGGGGGUACCUCAAUGUCCCCGACUCAGAUGCUGAGACUAGCAGUAUAAACAGCACGAUGAGCAUGUACAGCGAGACCGGUGACUAUGGCAACGCAAAGGUGAGCGGCGAGAUCCUGCUCAAUGUCAGCUACAGCUACAAGACCGGCGCUCUCAGUGUCCUUGUGAAAGAAUGUCACAACCUGGCAGUAGGAGAUGAGAGGAGGCAGCGCACAGAUGCGUAUGUGAAGACUUACCUGUUGCCAGAUAAGUCCCGACAGAGCAAGAGGAAGACGAGCAUCAAGGCCAACACCAUUAACCCUGUUUUCAACGAGACUCUGCGGUAUGUGAUCAGCCACUCGCAGCUGGAGACACGAACCCUGCAGGUGUCCAUAUGGCACCACGACCGGUUUGGACGCAACAGCUUCCUGGGAGAAGUGGAGCUGGCCUUUGACGCCUGGAAAUUCGAUUGCCACAUAGAGGAGUGGUACACACUGCAGCCCAAGGUGGAGGGCAGUAUAGACGCAAUGCUCCAGUAUAAAGGAGAACUAACUGUUGUGUUGAAGUACAUCCCUGAAGGAAAGAACGUCACACCGACUGCGGACCAAGUACAAGUGAAAAAGAGUUUUCUGAAGGGCAAAAAGACGAGCCCUUUAACUCUGCCUGAAGGGGGCAUGGUUGAGCUGCUGGUCAAAGGAGCCAAAAAUCUCACUGCUGUCAAGUCUGGAGGCUACUCGGAUCCUUUUGUGAAAGGAUACCUCCUCCCUGAUAGCAACAAGUCAACCAAGCACAAGACCGUGGUGGAGCGACACACCGUGAACCCACAGUGGAACCACACCUUCACCUACUGCGGCCUGCAGCCGGGAGACCUCAACAACGUCUGCCUGGAGCUGACUGUGUGGGACAAAGAAACUGUGUCCAGCAACGUCUUCCUGGGAGGGGUGAGGCUGGGAGCUGGCACAGGGGAAAGCUAUGGGAAGGAGGUCGACUGGAUGGACUCGUAUGGGGAGGAAAAGCGGCUGUGGCAACGAAUGAUUGAAAAUCCUGAAGUCCCUCAUGAGUGCACUCUGAUGCUGCGAUCCAGCAUGUGCAAGCACAAUACAUGAACCCAAACGAAGCACAGCUAGAGAAAAGACUGAGACUGGAAGGGAGAAGGGAAAGAAGUCGUCUGAAGGUGUGAGGAGGAGCUAGAAAAGCGGAGCGGUCAAGGGGUAAAAAAAGAAGGCAGUGAAGGGGUCAGGACUCAGAAUAGGAACAAAGCCCAUGCCUCUCCCUGCUUCUUUUCUCUUCAGAUCCCUUCUCCCAUCCACAGGAGCCAGUCAUGCCUUACAAAUUCAUUCACAUGUGCCCCUCAGCCCUCAAAAGCAUCUAGUCUUGACCAAACACUGCUGUUUAUGGAAAACCAAGUGCUGUAUUUAACAUACUGUACCUUCUGAAUAAGCACAGGGUGACUCCCAAUAUGUCCGCCUGUGUCUCUGUGAGUCAUUUCUGCAUGUAGCGGCUGGAGACCAUUCACAAGGCAUUAGACGAGGCACCGAUCAGUUAUAAAUAAAUGUGAACACUCCCCUUAUAAACAGCAAAGCUGAAUCCUGUUUUGAAGCACAUGGGAUGUUGAGUUCAUCCCCUCAAACAGCUGCGUACAGGUGUAGAAAGUGACUCACUCUUACUACUGUGCUGCUCAAGUACUCAAGAAGUACUUUCACUUGAAUUUACUUCUUCAUAGGCUUUCUUUUAGAUUAAAGAAAAGAUUAGCAACAGAACACUUGGAGAGAUUUAAAUUACAUAUGCAUACAUAUAAUUUAAUAAAAUGAGAAAUAAAAUGAAAUUUACUUAGUUGACAUUGAAAUAGAAGAGCAGGAAAAAAGUCACUUUUGAGAAGCUGGGUGUAGCUGGGUAAUUUUUCCAUGGAUAGUAUAGCAAUAGAAGGAUGUUGUGAAUCCUGUACGUUCAUUGUCCCCAUAGGAUGUACCCUCAGGAUGAUAAUGAUUCCCUAAUAUUCCCUUGGGCUUUGCCUGCUGGAGGAAGGUUUCACUUAUCCUGUAAAGUGGUUAUAUCAGUGUUCAAAACUGCUGUGCUGGUGAAUCAUGAAUAGUUCCUGGUUGGCGCAUCCUAGUGAACCCAACUUUCUCAAUCAGCCGCUCAAGGGUCGCAUUUGAAUUUUGAAUACAAUAUCUUCAACCUAUAAAUUGUGUGAACAAAAUGUUAUGGCAUUCAUAACCCUCUUAGAAUUCUCUUUUAAUAACUCUUGCAAUCUGAACAUUUGUUUAGUGCCCCCAUCUGGUCAGAACAAAGUGCUAAUUUGCAAAUGUUAGCAUGCUAACACAGUAAAGCUAAACAUCACACUAUCGGUAUGCUAACUGUAGCGUUUAGGUUUGCUGCUUGCAUGGCUGUUGUCCUUUUAAAGUGCAUCUGCACGGGAAGCGGUUUGCAGUAAAAUGCUACAGCAAGUCAAUGACAUUUGGCAACUUUAAGCUACCAUGGGUGGAGGAGGGGGAAAACACUGCCACAAAGUUGAUGGGUACUGAGACAAGCUUUCCUCAACUUCAAGGCAAGUGGCUUAAGCAAGUACUAAGUAAAUUAGAGGGUUAACUAGUAACCACAUAUAACCCUAACCCUUACCCUGGAAUUUAUGCGUCGUUUACCAAAACGAUGGGUCAAGCAAAUCGCUCCCUGUGUGUAUGCAGCUUUAUGCUAGGUUCAGACGACACUAUGGCCUUUGAGAUUACGCCGUUAUAGACUGAAAUUAUUUGACCAGUAAUAGAGGUAAUUUGUGCACAUUGCUUGAGUUGUCCGUCAUAUUGAAUGUCAUGCAACCACCGAUCAUGAGUAAAAUCUGUAUUCCCCAACUGGUUUGCAAGUGGUUGCUGGAUGUUGCUGGGUAAAGUCUCAAAGAGGCUGCUGCACCAAAAACCUUGCAAUUGCCUUGGCUGUUAGCAGGGUGUCAAGUUUGGCUGUAAUUUGUGUGAAAGAUGCCUUCUUGCCUAGAAACACUCAUUAACAACUAGCGAAGUGCUAAAUAAACUUUAGAAAAUGCAAGGCAAAUGGAAAACCCAGAACCUUCACCUUCAAAGUAAAAGUCAAAGGUGCAACUGUUGUGGUUAUUAUCGCACUUUUCACAAUGGCGCUACCACUCAGUGAGUAGCUGGCGCGUCUCUGACAAUAACUACAACCUGAACAGUCUGUUAGCAACCAAGGCAACAAACACAAAUACAUGUUCUUAAACAGGUCAAGGAUUUUUGCUGUCAACUGGUAAGUGCCAUCAGUCUCUAUGGCUGUGUGACUCGGGCCUUAUUCACUUGACCCUACAUUGUCGCACGAACAAAACAGCAGAUGUAACAUGAUUUGGAAAAUGUCACUAGCCAGUAGUUUGCAUUCUUUCAUGACCUGUGUGAUGCGCACAAUGCUUGUCUUCUACCCCAACCCCUGACACCUUUCUGCUGUUUUGUAGUCCAAACCUGACGUAGUCCUAUUCUUUGAGGGGGAAAAAGAAAGUUGCUUUGUUUUGUUUUUUUUUGUUUUGAUUGACUAAAUAAUUACAGAUUACCCAUCUUAGACUAGCUUUGAUGUAAAUUGCUUAACACUGUAUCAGUGUGAUAAUAGAAAAUGCAUGGUAUUAGAGAAAAAGAAAAGAUUAUAUAAAGCACUGACAUUGUCACUUUACUCCUAGAAAACAGUUAUUUGAAGUGCGUUCCCAGCAACCCCUGAGAAGGAGGCUGUUUGCUAAGAGUGAGUCAGCACUGAGGCGAGCGCCUCCAUCUCAGUAAUGAGCCGGUGACAGUCGGUGACCUUGCCCCUGUCGCCCGGAGCUCUGUGGUCCACCGUCAUGCGUUGAAACGCACAGUUAACAAAAACUCAUCUCAAGAUAAACUCCGUAGAGCAAUUCUUUAUGUGGAAUGCCAAUUUUGUCUGCUUGUCCUCUGAAAACGUCCGCUCUCAGCUCCCAGUUUGACACCCAGUUAUAGUAAUAAUACAUGUGUUAACUGUCCAGCAUACAUGACAAGUCGUGCAAUACCCAAUUACUGAGAAAACUCUUGAUGUACAGCAUGUACUCUCUGUUGUCUGGUUUCCAUGCAUCAGAUUCACUGUUUGAAAGCCUAUUUCAUCCCAAAUGUGUUACGAGAAUAUUUUGAAUUAAACACU